GUCAGAACAGGGGAGGAAGGGAGUGUAGGGGAAUGAACAAUGAAGGCUGUGUACCCCAAUUUCUGCUCUCUGAAUCCUCCAUGACUCAAUGGGCCGAACUCAUGGCCGUGGACGUCAGAGCCUCUCUAGACUUGCCGCCAAUGGCCAUGUGUCAGAAACUGAAGAGCUAUGAGCAGGAUAAAGAUAUCUAUCGCACCUUCCUGGAGCUCUCUACUCUUCACAGACUCCUACCUGAUCCUCUGAGGGAGACGCUCUCUACCUACAUUUGUGAAGAGGAUGCUUGGAGCGGUUUUAUAUACUCUUCCUUGGAAAAUCUUUAUAUAAGAAAGGAGCUACCAAGCAAUAUUCUUCUAACUCCACCGCCAAGUCAUGUGCCCCGCUGGGAAAGAGUCCUUUCUAACAAGAAGUCCAAGGAGAAUAGGGAAAUCAAGCUGGAGAUGGAACAGAUAAAGGAAACUCCCAUGUCAACUCUACUUGUCAGAUGGCUGCAAAGGAACAUGAAGCCCAAACAGGACCACCAGACAGCUACCAGGAAACUGUCUCAAUUUGGACCAUUAGAGUCAAUAACCACUUUGGGGCAGCAGACAGCUCUAGUUGUGUUCAAGGAGAUGGUUUCAGCUUGUAGAGCCGUGUCCACCUUUCCGGCAGAUGACCCAGGCACGAGCUUUCAGUGUUCCUGGCACCACAAAUUCAUGAACCAAUACAAAGUUCCUCGUUAUUAUCCCAGAAAAUCACGUUACUGCCAAUUUAAAGGCUGUUAGAUAAUUAUUUAU